UUUUUUUUUUUGUUUGUUUUUUUUUUGCAGAAGCUGGAAUUUAAUACUAUAAAAGUCAGCACCGAAAUGGCAUCGCUAGCAGCGGGGCAUGAGCCAGGCAUAGCGCCGGGCUCCGGAGCUCUGGCCGACGCUUUGGUCCCCGCGAGCAUAUUCGCCCCGGACCGCGGAGGAUGCGGGGAGGAGGACGACGACGAGUGCCUGGAGGACGGCGACCUGACCAACGGCGAGCCGGAGGACCGGAGGAUUGACUGCAGCAGCAAGAAGCUGGAAUUUAAUACUAUAAAAGUCAGCACCGAAAUGGCAUCGCUAGCAGUGGGGCAUGAGCCAGGCAUAGCGCCGGGCUCCGGAGCUCUGGCCGACGCUUUGGUCCCCGCGAGCAUAUUCGCCCCGGACCGUGGAGGAUGCGGGGAGGAGGACGAUGACGAGUGCCUGGAGGACGGCGACCUGACCAACGGCGAGCCGGAGGACCGGAGGAUUGACUGCAGCAGCAAGAAGCUGGAAUUCAAUACUAUAAAAGUCAGCACCGAAAUGGCAUCGCUAGCAGCGGGGCAUGAGCCAGGCAUAGCGCCGGGCUCCGGAGCUCUGGCCGACGCUUUGGUCCCCGCGAGCAUAUUCGCCCCGGACCGCGGAGGAUGCGGGGAGGAGGACGACGACGAGUUCCUGGAGGACGGCGACCUGACCAACGGCGAGCCGGAGGACCGGAGGAUUGACUGCAGCAGCAAGCUGGCCCUUGUGAGCCCCAACGGGGAGCAGUAUGACUCGUUACUCCGACAGCUCCGGGACAGGAUGGAGGAGGGCUGUGGGGAAACGAUUUACGUGGUCGGGAUGGGCUCUGAUGGCGGUGACUGGGGUCUGGACGAGAAAGACAUGGAAGCGUCGGUCGCCACAGUCCGCUCCUUGUGCGAGCAGCUGGACUCAGACCUCAUCCCUCUCAGAGAGCGCAGCGAGGCCGCCGGGACGGUGCGCGACUACCUGAUCCGGAGGCGUGUGGGUGAGCUGGACUUCCUGGAGGUCAGAGUCGCCGUGGUGGGGAACGUGGAUGCCGGUAAGAGCACUCUGCUGGGGGUGCUGACACACGGCGAGCUGGACAACGGUAGGGGUUUCGCCCGGCAGAAACUUUUCAGACACAAACAUGAGAUGGAGAGCGGCAGGACCAGCAGUGUGGGCAAUGACAUCCUGGGGUUUGACCAGGAGGGUCAGGUGGUGAACAAGCCCGACAGCCAUGGAGGCAGCCUGGACUGGACCAAAAUCUGCGAGAAGUCCUCCAAAGUCAUCACUUUCAUAGACUUGGCCGGCCAUGAGAAAUACCUCAAAACCACCGUGUUUGGGAUGACGGGACACCUUCCAGACUUCUGCAUGCUUAUGGUUGGCAGUAAUGCAGGUAUUGUAGGGAUGACCAAAGAACACCUGGGCCUGGCUUUGGCUCUGAACGUGCCAGUCUUCGUAGUGGUGACCAAAAUAGACAUGUGUCCAGCCAACAUCUUGCAAGAGACCUUGAAGCUACUCCAAAGGCUCCUGAAGUCUCCCGGCUGCAGGAAGAUCCCCGUCCUGGUGCAGAACAAAGACGACGUGAUAGUGGCAGCCUCAAACUUCAGCUCAGAGAGGAUGUGCCCCAUCUUUCAGAUUUCCAAUGUGACCGGGGAGAACAUGGACCUGCUAAAGAUGUUCCUCAACCUGCUCUCCUCCAGAACAUCGUACAGAGAUGAUCAGCCUGCUGAGUUUCAGAUAGAUGAUACCUAUUCUGUACCGGGAGUGGGAACUGUAGUAUCGGGAACUACCUUACGUGGGCUCAUACGUCUGAAUGAUACCAUGCUGCUGGGUCCGGAUCCUCUUGGAAGCUUCAUCCCCAUCGCUGUGAAGUCAAUCCACCGCAAACGAAUGCCGGUUAAGGAGGUUCGAGGCGGCCAGACGGCCUCGUUUGCUUUAAAAAAGAUCAAGCGUUCGUCUAUUAGAAAGGGGAUGGUGAUGGUGUCGCCAAAGUUAAACCCACAGGCAACUUGGGAGUUCGAGGCUGAAAUUCUGGUUCUGCAUCAUCCCACUACGAUAUCGCCCAGAUACCAGGCAAUGGUCCACUGUGGUAGUAUACGACAGACGGCCACCAUCUUGUCCAUGAAUAGAGACUGCUUAAGGACAGGAGACAAGGCCUCAGUCCACUUCCGCUUCAUCAAAACCCCGGAGUAUCUUCACUGUGACCAGAGGCUGGUGUUCAGAGAGGGCCGCACCAAGGCUGUGGGAACCAUCACCAAGCUGUUGCACUCCACCAAUAACAUGCCAACAAACUCCAAACCGCCACAAAUCAAAAUGCAGUCCACAAAAAAGGCGCCUCUCAGAAAAGAGGACGGCACCAUGGCAACCGGCGAGGAUGCGGCAACGAUAGCGCAGCCGACCGCUCAGAGCGCGUCACAGCCGGGGGAGGGAGAUGAUGACCCUCAAAUAAAAGAGGGCAACAAAGAGAACAAGCCAAAGUCUGGAGGAGGUGGGAGGAGAAGGGGUGGCCAGAGACACAAAGGAAAGGUCCAAAAUAGCAGCAGCACCAACUUAAUGGCGUCACCCUCCGCGACAGCAACAGGAAACAGCUGAAUUGUCAUUCUUCCAUCAUUUCACCAAGUGUCAUUCCACAAACCAAGAUAGAUAUGUUUGGAGCAAGAUAGUCUUAAACCUUGCCUCUCCAUACCGGUUCAUCUUAUUUUUUUUUUCUUUCCCCUUGUCCUGGAAGUAAGACUGCCUCAGUUCUGCGUCAUUUACGCAUUUUAAUGUCAGCUGCCUUCCCCGGUUGGCAAAGUUUGUUCUUAGGAAGCAGUGAGGUGUUACAGGUCAGUCUGCCUGGAUGACGAGGUGUUCAAGUUUCUAUAUGUCGUUGGAUCCGGUCCUUUAGCUGCUGACAGCAAGAGGCGGGGGCCGGUUCUAGUGAGUGCAGCUAUAAUUUAAACCGCCUCCUGCAUUCCCUGUGCGUUUACGACAAAAGAAGUUCUGUUUAUACUUCAAAUGUAAAUUUGUUGUAAAAAUUGGAAAUUUGAGUUUGUACAAACUGUAUGCAAAUUGCAAAUGAAUGUAGCAAGAGGGUAAACUAUGAUCCAAAACUUAAGCUAUGUUAAAUAAGCUGUGGAUUCGUUU